AUGUCCGGUGCAGCAGCCUCAGCUGGAGCAUCCAAGUUUCAGGCGUUUAUGAACCACCCCGCAGGCCCGAAGACGGUCUUUUUCUGGGCACCUGUUAUGAAGUGGUGUUUGGUUGCUGCCGGAUUGAAGGAUCUUUCGCGGCCAGCCGAAAAGCUCAGUGUAUCGCAGAACCUCGCUUUGACUGCCACUGGAUUCAUCUGGGUUCGAUACUCGAUGGUCAUUACGCCCGUCAACUAUAGCUUGGCUGCGGUCAACUUCUUCGUAGGCACGACAGGUCUUGGUCAGUUGGCUCGCAUCUGGCAUUACGGACGAACCCACGAAGAUCCAGUUGGCAAGUACUUUGGACCGGCAGGUUCUACCCCCUCUGAAAGGACGACGCAAAAAAUUGGACCCGUUACUACUUCGGCAUGA